AUGGUGCAAAGCCAAAUGUCACUUGGUCGACGACAACCGAUUCAGCUGCGCGACAGGAAAGGGGAAACUAUGUGUGUCGAGGAACGAAAUCAAAGAACUAUACACAUCGCAAAGCAUGAUGCCCUACACACAGUGGAAGAAAGAUCCCGCAUGAUUGAAAUUGUGCACCAAGCCUCCGGAGAGCGAGAUAGAAGCAGCUUUGAAAAACACAAAUGCCAGGAAAAGUCCAGGAUACGAUUUACGACGGAAAUGUUGCAUUGGGGUGCAGCUAAUCUUAUACCACUAAUUACUGAGCUUUUCAAUGAAUGCCUCCGCACCGGUUCCGUCCCAGAGGGAAUGGCAGACUCUAUAACUAUCCUACUCCAUAAAAAUGGGACCUAUAAAAAAAUGCCGCGACCCCAGAGUAGCACUCUAAUAACUACCCGUCCCAUUUCAUUGCUGCCUGUCCUGUAUAAGUUGUUAACAAAGAUAGCGAACAACCUAGCGAAUAGGCCGGUUUUCGAAAACGUUUCUCCACGACAGACCAUACUCACACUAUCAAUGAGAUUAUGUAGAAGAGCCACGCCGAUAUCACUUGGAAGAUCUUACAUAUGCCAUUUGCUAGAUAUACUCGAGCAAGGCUUUUCGAUACAGUUAAAAUGA